GUUGCUGCGCCGGGGCCGACCGGCAGGCUCUUCCAUAGGUGGCUGCGUUUCCGACUUCGCCCUGGCUCCACUCCGGGGGCUUGACGUGCAAACUUCGGCGGAGCGAGCAGAGAGGGAGGGACCGGAGAGGGGGAGGAGGCGACGGGAGGCGCCUCCGCUUAAGGGAGCCGGCCGGGCGCCGCCGCUCGGACGGACGCGCGGACGGAAGGAAGGAGCGGGGCUGCCGGCCGGGCCGGGAUGCGAGCGCCCGCAGGGAGCGGAAAGAAUGUCGGAGCGGGCCGCGGAUGACGUCAGGGGGGAGCCGCGCCGCGCGGCGGGCGGAGCAGCGGCCGCCCGGCAGCAGCAGCAGCAGCAGCCACAGCCUCUGCAGCCCCAGCGGCAGCACCCGCCGCUGCGGCGCCCACGGGCGGAGGACGGCGGCCCCGGGGACACCACCACCUCGGCCGCCGCCAUGGCGACGGUUGGGGAGCGCAGGCCCUUGCCCAGUCCCGAAGCGAUGCUGGGACAGUCGUGGAAUCUGUGGGUGGAAGCUUCCAAACUUCCUGGGAAGGAUGGGACCGAAUUGGAUGAAAGUUUCAAGGAGUUUGGAAAAACCCGCGAAGUCAUGGGGCUCUGUCGGGAAGAUAUGCCGAUCUUUGGUCUCUGUCCAGCACAUGAUGAUUUCUACUUGGUGGUGUGUAAUGACUGCAACCAAGUUGUCAAACCGCAGGCAUUUCAAUCUCACUAUGAAAGAAGACAUAGCUCAUCUAGCAAGCCUUCCUUGGCUGUUCCUCACCCUUCAGUAUUUUCCCUCUUCCCUUCUCUGUCCAAAAGCAAAGGCGGUGGUGCUGGCGGAAGCAGCCGGCCCCCCAGUGGAGGGGUCCUUUGCACAUCCUCAAGCUCCAAGUUACUCAGAUUGCCCAGAGAGAAACUUCAGCUCAGGGGAAACAUGAAGCCCAUGCAUCCCGUGCAACAGAUUAAAGUCCCCCAUGGACGAGUCAUGACGCCCUCUGUGAAGGUGGAAAAGAUGCUCCCAAAGAUGGAUGGCACACUACUGAAAUCCACAGUGGGGCCAGCCUGUCCUGCUAUGAGCUCUGCAGCCAAGCCUGCCCUUAACUGUCCCUCCAUACCAAAGCCAACCUUGCCUUCACCCGGACAGAUUCUGAAUGGCAAAGGGCUUCCUGCAAUGCCUACUCUGGAAAAGAAAUCUGAAGACAGUUCUAAUAGCAGGAAGUUUUUAAAUAAGAGGUUAUCAGAAAGAGAGUUUGAUCCUGACAUCCACUGUGGGGUCAUUGAUCUGGAUACCAAGAAGCCCUGCACCAGGUCUUUGACUUGCAAGACACAUUCCUUAACCCAGCGGAGAGCUGUUCAGGGUAGAAGAAAACGAUUUGAUGUGUUAUUAGCCGAGCACAAAAACAAAGCCAGGGAAAAGGAGCUGAUUCGCCAUGCAGACUCUCAGCAGCCGCCACAUCCACUCAGGGACCCGCAUCCCACCCCUCCUCGGACGCCACAGGAGCCACACCUCCCUGCAGAAUCAAAGCCUUUCUUAGCUAGUAAACCGAAACCUCACACCCCUAGUCUUCCGAGGCCUCCAGGCUGCCCAGCUCAGCAAGGAGGAAGUACCCCCAUUGACCUUCCUCCAUGCCAAGAGUCUCCACACCCGCCCUUGCCUGCCACUGAGCCCGCUUCUCGGUUAUCCAGUGAGGAGGGUGAAGGCGAUGACAGAGAAGAGUCUGUUGAGAAACUGGACUGUCACUAUUCAGGUCGUCACCCUCAGCCAGCAUCGUUUUGCACAUUUGGGAGCCGCCAGAUUGGAAGAGGUUACUAUGUGUUUGACUCCAGAUGGAACCGGCUUCGCUGUGCCCUCAACCUCAUGGUAGAGAAGCAUUUGAAUGCACAGCUAUGGAAGAAAAUCCCACCAGUGCCCUGUACCACAUCACCUGUUUCUGCUCGUGUUCCUCACCGGACAAAUUCUGUGCCGACAUCACAAGGUGGGAUCAGCUACUUAGCAGCAACCACUGUCUCCGCACCUCCAGUCCUGCUGCCAUCCACCUGCAUCUCCCCAAAUAGCAAAUCGGUACCAGCUCAUGGAACCACACUAAACGCACAGCCUGCUGGGUCUGGGGCGAUGGAUCCUGUGUGCAGUAUGCAGUCCAGACAAGUGUCGACUUCAUCCUCAUCCCCCUCCACACCCUCGGGCCUCUCUUCAGUCCCCUCGUCCCCUCUGUCCAGAAAACCUCAGAAAUUGAAACCUAGCAAGUCUGUAAGGCCCAAGGAGUCUUGUGCUCUCAGCACUAACUGUCACAAUGCCAGUAGCAGUACCAGUGGUGGCUCAGGAAAGAAACGCAAAAACAGUCCCCCACUAUUAGUUCACGCUUCCUCGUCUUCGUCUUCGUCCUCCUCCUCCUCCUCCUCCUCUUCUCAUUCCGUAAACUCUUUUAGGAAAAACUGUGUGGCUCACUCUGGGACUCCAUACCUGCCAACAGCACCAUCUUCCCACAGCAUUGGCCUCAACUGUGUGACAAGUAAAACACACUCGGUGAGCCUCCGGCAUGAGCAGACAGGGCGGGGUCCCGCUGGUGUGAGCCCUGCAGAGCCCAUCAAGAGGAUGAGCGUAAUGGUGAACAGCAGCGACUCCACUCUCUCUCUCGGCCCAUUUAUCCAUCAGUCUAGUGAACUGCCUGUCAACCCACACUCACACACUCCUCUAGACAAACUCAUAGGGAAGAAAAGAAAGUGCUCUCCAGGCUCUAGCACUGUUGGUAACAGUGGCAGCAAACCUACAAAGGUUGCCAAGUUGCCAGCUAUGAACCACGUCCACAUGAAACACACAGGCACCAUCUCAGGGGCACAAGGAUUGACGAACAAUUCCCUCCUCCAUCAGCCAAAGGCACGGCCCUGACAGCUGACAGGACCACUGGAAGGAAUGCUGCAGACAUCUUUGAAGACAAGUCACGCCUCUGCUCAGCACUCUGGACUCCACGGUGCCUUUGAGUCUUUCUCUAAACUCCUGUGGGCCUUCAGGGUUACCGCGGGCUGUGUGACAAGGGUUUCCCGAAGCUGUGUCAGUAGCAGUGAGUACACGUAAAGGACACUGGAUCACGUUCAGCCACCGGAUUGUUUUCUCAGUGUUAAAGUGGUCUGGACUGCUUGCUCCCAAUCCAUGAGAAAUUUGUGUUUGUAUUGUGUUUUGUUUUGUUUUUUCAUUUGGAGCAUAUCAUGGAGUCACUCUUGAAGUAGAUUGGCUGGGUAGGAGCGUUUCUGUAGACCCGCCUCCCUCUUUCUUUGCCAUCUGUCAGUCAGGCUCCAGAAGGUAGGCACCUUAACUGGAGACUGAAGGCCUUCAGGAAAGGGGAGCGAGUUGUAUCCCGAGGAGCCUCCUAGAGGAUAUCUGGCUUUAGAAUUUUUUUAUAGCACUGUUCAGGAAUAGAAUACUGAGAUGUUUGUUGGUCCAUACAUCAUGACAUAGUAGCCCAGCCCUUUUCAAUUGAUUUGGGAUACGAAGCUUAUCAGGUUCUUCAGAUGUAAGGACUGGCUUGAAGCUGCUGAUGCCUGGAUGUUAAGUUUCAAGUAUCUCAGAGGCUUAGUUUUCAUGGUACAAAAGCAUGUGUGAUAAAAAGAGAGAAAGAAAAAGGAAGAAUGAAGAAAGAAAAAAAUGGAAAGAGAGACAAGGAAAACAGUUUGGUGAUGAAAAGCCAAUUGGGACACUGGAUUCAGGAAGGUGAAAAAAUUUCCAAGUGAGGCAAAAUUUGUAGGAUUUCCAAAGACUGACUUGUCUUGCUACUGUGAUUACGUUGAACAGUGUGUCAGAUUGGGGCGAUUGUCUUACCCGCUCUGCUUUUUGAGAUUUGCCUUUUUAAAAGUUAUUAUCAUGUCCUUAAAAUUUCCAAGGCAUUACUCCCAUUUCCUCUUUCACUUAGUGUUUGGAGAACUAAGUGUUCUCCUGCGGCCGGCCGUGUGUCUGUCACGGCUUCCCGCCAGCCCAUUAGGUGAUUAUUUGAAUGCAGGUGGGCUGAGGUGGAGCUCCCCAAGAAAGGCUGUGUGCCCAGGAGGAGAGGCGGCUUUGUAGAAGGGGAAAGUGCUUACCUGUGCUCACCCUUCUUUGUUGUUACAGUAACAGCCAUCUGUCUUCCUUCAGCGAGGUUUAAAGCCCUCUUUAAGAUUUCUCAGUACCCCACUCCCAAAGAAUGUUUAAUGUGUUAACACAUCGCUUGAAAAGACGUCUGCCUGCCAGUGAACUUGGGCAUGAUCCAGGGCCGGCCACUGUCACACCUCCUGCUCAGAGGACAGAGUCCUCCCUCGGGCUUAGGAAGAGUACAGCAGAGUGGCCUACAGGACAGCCCCCAAGGCUCCUAGCCCUGUCCUGGCCAGUGUCUGGGCAGAGCCCAGUGUGUCCUUUCUCUACAGUUCUUAGAUUACAAACGUGAGAUUCAGGGAAUUUCAGUCAACAGCAGGUAGAAUGAAUAAAUACUUUGUUAUCAGCCUAAUAAUGUGAAUUGCUACAUUUACUCUUAUUAUGUAAGAACACAAAGACUUUAUGCAGAUACUUUAACUGUAAAUUAAUGGAAAUGUUGAAUUUUUUAAGGAAGGGAAAACAGAAUCUUAUUCAGUUCUUAUGCAGUCAGUCAGUGAAUGUUUUAAAGGUGGUGCUAGAGCAGCUCUGAGGAGAGAGCGCAGAUGGGCCAGUGUCUGACUGUCUCUCCUCGUGCUGGGCAAGGAGGAGAGGGAAUCCAAGCUCACAGUCAUUACUCGAUGACAAGUGCAAUGGGGUGUGGGGGAGAUUUGUUUUCAGAGCCGGGGUCUUGAUGGUUAUAAAUUAAGUUGCUUUUAAUGAUGGAAUUUAUAGACAGAUGUUGUUCCAAAAGAUGUGAAUAGGAGCCACAAUAGGAAGUUUAUUCAGAAUAAAGUAGAUACUUAGGUUAAUGAGUGUUAUAAUUUGAUUUCUUAGACUGGGACUUUCAUUGAACUUCAUUAUAUCUCCAGGAAACACACAGAGCCUCGGGAUUAGGAAAAGCCAUUUUUGGAUUUUGCCUACCACAGACAUAUUCUAAACAGUGCUACUAAAGUUUAGACUGUUCAGAUAUUUUAUUUUCUCUGACAACUACUUUUUAUGAUGAUGAACAAUUAAGACCAUUUAAAAUAUGGGAGUACAAAUAUUUUUUUGAACUUAAUCUUAACUUGCAAAAACCAAAUUUGCAGUGCUUGGGUUAUUUCUAGACAGACUUCGGUGUCAAUUUAAAACCACCAUAAUUUUUUAUAUUCUUUCCAAUAGAAUUCAUGACAGCUUCUGCAGUUUUCUUAAACUACAAAAAUAAAAUAAAAUAAAAGUGCUGCAAUGAUGAACAAAGAAUUAUAAAAAAACUACUUUUGUAUCUUUAUUUUGGAAUUUCUUGUUCUAUUAUAAAUAUGGAAGUAUCCCUAUUUGAGAAGACAUAUUUUGUUAAAAAUGAAUUGUACAUAUUUAAAUAUGUAUUUUUGCACAGGUCUUUUUUUCUGAUAUCCUGUUUUGGUACAAUUGAGAUCAUCUAGUAUUUAUUUAUUAAUUAAUAAAGAUAAAUACCUUUUUAUAAUUUGAAGUGGUUCACUGCCAAGCCAGUAGUUUAGAACCUGCCUCCUUUACAGUUAAGGAAUGCCUCUGUUGUUCUGGAGUUGCUGUCCCUUUUAGUGUCUUGGGAGUGGUUUUAUACAGAUGAACGGCGUCUCUGUUGCCUGAUUUCCAAAUAGACUACAUGGAGCUAAGUGACAUACUGCUUUUCCUUGUUUAGUGCGUGCGUGCGUGCGUGCCUGUGUGUGUGUAUGAGAGAGAGAGAGAGAGAGAGAGAGAG